GCCACAAUCAUGUUGAGGUUGACGUGGUACACGUGGUUGUUUGUUGUUUUGGUAAACGGAAAUGAACGAAAAUUGACAAAUGAGGAAGUUCUUCAGCAAUUUGAAGAUAUUAUAAAUGAGGAAAAAUAUGUUCUUGCUCUAUUUACAAAAUCAUGCUGUCAAUGCGUUGAAUGUGUAGAAACUGAAGCACUUUUAGCAUCUACAAGUCAUCAUUUGGAAGAUUCGUACGGUGUAAAAAUUGUAAAACUAAUCGAACAUAAAGUACUUCAAGAAAGAUAUGGAAUAAAGUCUUAUCCUACAGUUUUAUAUAUAAGAGAUGGAAUUCCUCUUCUAUAUGAUGGUUCCUUGGAACUUGAUGCUCUUUUGGAAGCUAUAGAAAAGAAUCGUGAACCACUGAUCAAAUCAUUAAAUGAUGAAAGUUUUGAACAUUUGACGCAAGCUGCUACAGGUGCAACAACUGGAGAUUGGCUAGUUUUGUUUUACAAUGAUGCAUGCAAGAAAAAGAAAGAAAUGUAUCAAGUCCAAAUGGAAACUGUUGGUGUACGCUUUCAGAACAGAGUCAAUGUAGCAUUUGUUGACACGAAAGAGUCUCCUGAACUAAAAGAGAGGUUUAAAGUAACAGCUUGUCCAGUGAUCAUAUAUUUCCGUCACAGUAAAAUGUAUGCAUACAACUUUCCGGAAAUUACAGUUCCAUAUUUAGAAAAAUUCCUGGAAGGUUGGUAUAAAAAUUCCAAGAUGGAAUCUGUUCCAUUACCAAAAACACCAUUUGAUAAAUUAACAGAUUUUGCUGCAGAAUUUUUGCAGAAACAUUCCAAGCAAAUUUUGAUGUAUGCUGCAUUGGUGAUAAUUAUUGUAUUUAUGCUGAAAUUUUUUCUUUCUUUCUUCUCCAAAAAGGAAAAGAAAGAGUGAAGACUGAUGUAAAAAUUAAUAAAGAA